AUGACCGCGACCCCCCGGCCGAGGACCCCCGCCCCCGCGCUCCGCCGCCCGCCGCCCGCGCCAGCUGAGCAAGACAGGACAGACUUCGAUGUGAGAAUGGCUGUGACUCUGGAAGAAGCUCCGUGGCUGGGCUGGAUCUUGGUGAAAGCCCUGGUGAGGUUUGCCUUCAUGGUCGCCAACAACCUGGUUGCGAUUCCAUCCUACCUCUGCUAUAUAAUCGUGCUUCUGCCCCUUCGACUGCUGGACAGCAAGCGGUACUGGUACCUUGAAGGAAUGAUGUACAAAUGGCUUUUAGGAAUGGUGGCUUCUUGGGGAUGGUAUGCUGGAUAUACAGUGAUGGAGUGGGGGGAAGAUGUUAAAGCAAUUUCAGAAGAUGAAGCAGUCAUGUUGGUGAACCAUCAGGCAACAGGAGAUGUGUGCACUCUGAUGAUGUGCCUCCAGGACAAAGGACUGGUUGUUGCUCAGAUGAUGUGGUUGAUGGAUCAUAUUUUUAAAUACACAAACUUUGGAAUUGUUUCUCUAAUUCAUGGAGACUUCUUUAUAAGACAGGGAAAAUCUCAUCGUGACCAACAGCUUCUUCUUCUUAAGAAGCACCUAGAAAAUAAUUACAGGAGCAGAGAUCGAAAAUGGAUUGUUCUGUUUCCAGAAGGGGGCUUCCUCAGGAAGAGGCGAGAAAUCAGUCAGUCAUUUGCCAAGAAAAAUAACUUGCCGUUUCUUACACAUGUCACUUUGCCAAGAGUUGGGGCAACAAAAAUUAUUUUGCGUGCACUUGUAGCACGACAGGAAAAUGGAAGUCCAGCAGGAGGAGACGCUAAGGAAUUAGACAACAAAUCAAAAGGCCUCCAGUGGAUAAUAGAUACAACCAUAGCUUAUCCCAAAGCUGAACCCAUAGAUAUUCAAACCUGGAUCCUUGGAUACAGGAAACCAGCAGUCACACAUGUACAUUACAGAAUCUUUCCAGUUAAAGAUGUACCCCUGGAGACUGAUGACCUUUCUGACUGGCUCUAUCAGCGUUUUAUUGAAAAAGAGGACCUCUUAUCGCAUUUUUAUGAAACAGGGGCUUUUCCACCUCCCAAGGGCCAUAAGGAAGCUGCUUCCAGGGAGAUGACCCUCAGCAAUAUGUGGAUACUUCUCAUACAGUCUUUUGCGUUUUUGUCAGGCUACAUGUGGUACAGCAUCUUCCAGUACUUUUACCAUUGCCUGUUUUAG